AGGCCUUGGAAGAUGACACGGAGCAGCAGGAAUACGCCCCGAAGAAGAAGAAAUCCGAUGAAGAGUAUGAAAAGAGGAAGAAAAAUAUUACCCCUGGAAGCUUGAUGAAAGCAAUGAUUAGAUCUGGAGUGGGCACAAGAAAACCUUUAGAAGGAGAUCAGGUCAUAUUUCACUGCACAAUUCGAACUUUGGAUGGAGUGACUGUUAACUCGACAAGAUUAGAACAUGGAGGCAAGGGGUAUCCUAAUAGGUACGUUUUGGGCAUGAGCAAGAUGCUACUUGGACUUUGUGAAGGCAUUCCCACCAUGCUGAGGGGUGAAGUAGCCGUGUUUAAGAUGAAACCGGAGUUGCAUUAUGCUGAAGUUGAUUGUCCAGUCACUGCUCCAGAUGAUUUUCCUAAAGACGUUGAGCUUCAUUUUGAGAUUGAACUUUUGGAUUUUUUUAAAGCCAAGAUUGUCAGCGAGGACAUGGGAGUGGUGAAGAAGAUUAUUGACGAAGGGCAAGGCUGGGAAUGCCCAAGAGAACCAUAUGAAGUAGAAGCUUGGAUAACUGCAAAAGCAGCUGAUGGCAACAUGAUCCUACCACGUAUGAACAAUCCAUAUCACUUUACAUUUGGUAAAUCAGAGAUACCAAAAGGGGUAGAGAUGGGAAUUGGAACAAUGACCAAAGGAGAAAAAGCCGUCAUAUAUGUGAAUAAUGGGUAUUUGUCAGAAUCUUCAUUGAUGCAAAUUCCUGAAGGCCAUGAAGAGGUUCAGUUUGAAGUGGAACUUAUACAUUUUACUCAGGUGCGUGAUAUGCUUGGUGAUGGACGUCUAAUAAAGCGCAGAAUACGUGAUGGAAAAGGUGAGUUCCCUAUGGACUGCCCACUUCAAGAUAGUUUGUUGAGGGUGCAUUACAAGGGGAUGCUACUUGAUGAGGAGAGGUUUGUAUUCUAUGACACAAGGGUUGAUAACAAUGGUGAGCCGUUGGAGUUCUGUUCUGGAGAAGGACUUGUUCCAGAAGGAUUUGAAAUGUCUGUUCGUCUAAUGCUUCCAGGAGAGAUAUCUAUCAUCACAUGCCCCCCAGACUACGCAUAUGACAGAUUCAAAAGGCCUGCUAAUGUUCCUGAAGGUGCACAUGUUCAAUGGGAAAUUGAGCUUCUUGGUUUUGAAAUGCCAAAGGAUUGGACUGGAUUAAACUUUCAGAAUAUAAUGGAUGAAGUAGAGAAAAUAAAGAGCACAGGGAACAGGCUAUUUAAAGAAGGAAAAUAUGAACUCGCCAAAGCGAAAUAUGAGAAGGUUCUUCGAGAGUACAAUCAUGUUAAUCCCCAAGAUGAUGAGGAAGGGAAAAUCUUCUUAAAUUCACGAAACGCAUUGCAUCUUAAUGUUGCAGCUUGCUACCAGAAAAUGGGUGAAUACAGAAAAUCAAUCGAGACGUGCAAUAAGGUACUGGAUGGUAACCCUGUGCAUGCCAAGGCUAUCUAUCGCCGAGGCAUGGCUUACAUGUUACACGGAGACUUUGAGGAAGCACGGAAAGAUUUUAAUGCGAUGAUAAGCAUGGAGAAGUCCUCUGAGUCGGAUGCUAAUGCUGCUCUCCAAAAGCUGAAGCAAUUAGAACUGGAAGCGGAGAGGAAGGCCAGGAAACAGUUUAAAGGGCUAUUUGAUAAGAAACCUGGAGAGAUUUCUGGCGCUGUAAACAUUUCUACAGAUAACGAGGGGAUAGAAACGCAGAAUUCGGAUGGGAAGUUGGCUGACCCGGAGGACAGCCAAGAGGGCCGAGAAAGCAGCGUUGCUGCGGGUGAGCCUGUUGAACCAGAAAAAUUAGGAUUUCUCACUCGCCUAUGGCCUUCAGGUAGAAGAAUCUUCGGGUCUCUUGGAUUAAAUAGAUGCUCGAUUCUGUGAAAGAUGACGGCAGGUAGCAACUGCCCUUUAUGCAUCUCGUUUUUCUGUAGCGUUGCAGAAAGCAUUAGAGUUUGUGUGUUUGUUUAUGCUGAUGCAUUUUGUUGUGAAUUAUGUGGCUGUAAAAUUAUUUUCUUAUGUUUUGAAAUUAAUAAUCAUGUUAUAUGAUGGUUGAGGUUACUGGAAAAUUGUGAUAUGAAUAAUAAUAUUAUAAAUUGUUCACG